ACAUGUUCCGGCCCCUCAAUGGCGAGGUCUCGCUCCGCUAUCUUUUUUGCGCGUCGGAUCCAUUAGCUAGAUCUACUUCGUUCAGACAAAAGAUCGAGGAUUGCUUUGUCUGAGACUGAUCUGUUCAUUUUUCGGUUGGAGGAAGGCAUCACAAUAACUUUUUAACGAUGAUGCCUUAUUGUCGUACAUGGCAACCACUGCACUGGCUGCUGCUGCUUGCUCCUGCAUCAGUAGUAGUGGCCACCCGAGAAUCGGUGACAUUUGAUUUUGGCUGGAAGCAUCGGACUGGAUUGACAGCUCCCGCCAAAUGGGAUGAUCCGCCACCCGAGCAGACAGACCCUGGCUUGCAUCCCCCCGAAGCCGCUCCGGACCACGACGACAGUUCCUGGACGAAAGUUCAGUUGCCCCAUGAUGGACUGAUUGUGAAUCCACCCUCGCAGAAAGCGUGUCCCAACGGUUGUUCGGGUCGAUCCUACAUUCCUCGACACGUCUUGUGGUAUCGCAAGACGUUUUCCCUUCCUGCGUCAUGGCUGUCCACAGCUGUUGACAACAACGAUUCUGUCUUUUGGCUCGAGUUUGAUGGUUCUUUCCGCAAUACCACCGUGUGGCUCAAUGGACAGAUCGUCCAGCGACACAUUUGUGGAUACACACCCUUUCGUGUCGAUUUGGAUCCAUCUACCUUUUUUACCGGUAGUAGUAGUAGUAGUCAACAACAGACGAUUGCCGUAUUUGUGGAUCCCGACAAUGGCGAUCUGGGCCGUCGAGGAAGUGGGUCGGGGUGGUGGUACGAAGGAGGAGGCUUGUAUCGACAUGUGCGUCUCGUCAAGACCAAUCGAAUUCAUGUGGCGCCACAAUCACUGUUUGUCAAGAGUCACGUAACCAACAUUCACAAUGAUAAUGAUGGCGACAAGAACAACGACAAGGCAGAAGCAACACUCGAAAUGCAAGCUAGUAUUAUCAAGAAGACACAACAACAACAAUCGACAACACCUAUCCAAGCUCAAAACCACUGCUAUCAGUUUCAAAUUACGGCGCCAGACCAAAUCACAACCCUGUUGGAACCACACCCGUUACCCACAUUUCAGAACCCCACUGACGUGUUGGUAGUGCGAGAGAAUCAUACCCUACCCCACGCACUCUUAUGGUCCACCCUUCACCCCAAUUUGUAUCGCGUCGAACUCAUCCUCACGUACUGCAGCAAUGCCACACAAGAACAGGAUCGAGUGGGUGUCCCGCAUGGCAUUCGUACCAUUCACUUUGAUCCCAAUCAAGGAUUCUUUCUCAAUCAACGACCCUACAAGAUUCGUGGAUUUUGCGAUCACGACACCUUUGCUGUCGUCGGAAUGGCACUGCCCGACCGCAUCAAUCUCUUUCGCGCUCAAGCAUCGCGCAGUAUUGGAGGCAAUGGACGACGCACAUCGCACAAUCCACCCGACCCAUCCUUGUUGGAUAUUUACGAUCGACUCGGUAUGGUGGUUAUUGAUGAGAAUCGAUUGUUUGAUGACCAUCCGGAUUAUGUCAAAAAUAUGGCCCAUUUGGUGACACGCGAUCGAAAUCAUCCCAGUGUCGUUAUUUGGUCGUUUUGCAACGAAAAUGCCUGCGAGGGAGAACACGAAAAGGGAGGACCUCCCUUUCAGGCCAUUGCCUCGCAGUUCGAUGGAACGAGACCCACGUUGGCAAACAUGUUUACAUUUAAUGACCUACUUUCCAAUACGGUGGAUGUGCAGGGAUUCUCUCAUCAGCAUCGCGACAAAUUGGACGAUUGUCAUGCCAAGCUUCCCAACAAACCAAUCUUUCAGUCGGAGUGUUGCUCUUGCAACACGAUGCGGGGUGAAGACGAAGGAUGUGAGACGGGGAGGGAUAAUCCUCAUUCGGGAUGUGUACAAAAGACGUUCAAUGCUCGAUGCCUGGAAAGGCUGGUCAACGCGUCCGAUGGUGUGGCCUAUGCGGCAGGGACAAUGGUCUGGACCCUGUUUGACUACUACGGAGAACCACCCAUGGCGGGACUUCAUGUGUCUAGCACUUACGGACAAUUUGACUUGUGUGGAUUUCCCAAACCAGCGGCCUUUUGGUUCCGAACGCAAUGGCUCUUGGGAGUCUCGGAUACCUCCUACGACAAACCCUUCCUGACCCAUGAUUCCUACGAAGUCCAAAUUGUAGAGUCCUGGGAAUCACCCGACAGUUGGAAUAGCACGCGUGGAAACAAGACACGAAGUAUCCAUGCCUAUUCCAAUGCUCCGUUCAUUGAGCUCCUUGCCAAUGGACAUUCCCAAGGGGCUCAUCCGUUGGUCCCCAUGACCCGAGGCUCCGAUGGCAGUUAUGCGGAAUGGACAAGUGUUGCAUGGGAAGCUGGUAGCUUGACGGCCGUGGCAUUGUCCGGUGACCAAUCCACGCAUUUGGCCGCAACGGAGCGUGCCACCAAUGGAAAGGCUGCUUCUCUGUCCUUGAGCUUGGAUAGCCCAUCAGAAGCGACGGGAACCGGUUCGGCGCUGUUCUUGGAUGGACAGGAUGUGGCGUUGGUCAGGGCCGCUGUAAUGGAUGAACAUGGGAAGGCAAUGCACAUGGCAAGCAACCUCAUCUUUGUCAAAGUAGUCAGUGGCCCCGGACGUGUGGUUGGCACCGCGAACGGUGAUCCUAAAAGUUACCAGCCGCAUCAGUCUCCUUCUCAGACCGCAUACCAUGGCCUUGUGAGAGCUGUGAUUCAAGUAACCUCGAUAGCGGGCCUGAGUUCUCGCGAAAAACAACUUUUGCAAGAAAUCCAUGGUCCAGCUACCGAAUCCUUGCCGUCCUUUGUGGACGCAACUGAGAUUGUCAUUGAAGCAAGUUCUCCGGGGCUCGGAAAAGCUCAGCUCCGCAUUCCUGUCUCGGCAGAUCCCUCCGUGGCAUCCGUUUUGGCUGUCGCUCAGGCUGGAGCUGGCAAACCAGUGGAUUUCAGUUUUGACGAUACACACACUUCAUCAGGUCCUCUCAAGGUUGGGUAGCAACACUUCAACAAGAUUCUUUUGAGCCGCAAGAGGACAGAGCGUCCUUAUAAAUAUUCAAUGCUUCUGCACUAGCUGGUAACUGCGACCGUAGAUGAAAUCGCUUCUUGGGACAGUGGGGCGCAUUCCAUUUUUGUGUGUGGCCCACGACACGGGGAUUCGAUGAUGACGAGGUCGCAUGCAUGUAUCUAGGCUAAUUCAUUGUGCAAUAACAUUAAGAAAUGGUUGCGAGCUG